AUGGCUUCAUCUUUAAUGAAGACACUGAAGCUGGAUGGAGCUGCGAAGCUUGAUUCCAAAGGCCUAUUGACGCUAACCAAUGCCAGUUUUUCGCAACAAACAGGUCAUGCUUUCUACAACAAUGCCGUCCAAUUCAAGAACUCCACAAACAACGGUAGUGUCAUCUCCUUCUCUACUACUUUCAUCUUUGCAAUUGUACCAGAGUACAAACAAUUUGGUGGCCGUGGAAUGGCCUUUGUUAUAUCACCUUCCAAAAAGCUCCAAGGAGCUCUACCUGGAUAUCUUGGGCUCUUUGAUGAUACUAACAUUGGGACUAGUUCAAAUCAUAUUGUUGCUGUUGAGCUAGACACCUUUCAAGACUUCGACAUGGAGAUAAGGGACAAAGACAGCAACCAUGUUGGCAUCGAUAUUAACGGUUUGAAAUCAAUCAAAUCUGCAAGAGCAGUUUCAUUUCCUGCAGGUAAAAAUGGUAACUUCACAGAUCUAAACCUCCAAAGCGGUGACCCAAUGCAGGUUUGGGUGGAAUAUAAUGGAAUAGACAAGCAACUUAAUGUUACCCUUUCUCCAAUUAAUGUACCCAAGCCAGACAUCCCACUCUUAUCAUUGACGCUAGAUCUUUCACCGGCCAUUCUUGACUCCAUGUAUGUAGGCUUUUCAUCAGGCAUGCGUAGGUUUUCCACAUCUCAUUACAUACUGGGCUGGACUUUUAAGGUGAAUGGUCAAUCUGAACCAAUUGAUCUGCCUCGCCUCCCCAAGAUCCCUCAGAGACGACUCAAGAAAAUAAAUGGCCACAGAAAUUUUGCAUUUGCAUUUGCAUUUGGGCUUCCCUUCAUAGGGUUUCUUGUCAUCCCAGUCAUGAUCAUUCGUGCUUUUUUAAACUUAAGGAAGAAGUUUGUAGAAGUGUUGGAGGAUUGGGAAGUCCAGUAUGGCCCGUACAAAUUCAGUCAUAAAGAUCUAUCCAUUGCCACGGAGGGUUUCAAAGAGAGUGAACUUCUUGGCAGGGGAGGCUUUGGUAGAGUGUACCGAGGUGUGUUACCAACAUUGAAUACAGAGGUUGCUGUCAAAAGAGUUGCCCAUGAUUCGAGACAAGGAAUGAGAGAAUUUCUAGCAGAAAUAGCAACCAUAGGUCGGCUGCGCCACCCAAACUUAGUCCGCCUCCUAGGCUAUUGCCGGUGUAAGCAAGAACUCCUAUUGGUUUACGAUUUCAUGCCUAAUGGAAGUCUAGACAAGUUUCUUUAUGGCCAACCAAAGCGAUUGCUAAAUUGGAUGCAAAGAUUUAAGAUCAUCAAAGACGUAGCAUCAGGCCUGUUCUAUUUGCACCACCAAUGGAUACAGGUUAUCAUUCAUAGAGAUAUCAAGGCCAGCAAUAUCUUGAUCGACAGUGACUUCAAUGCAAGAUUAGGAGAUUUUGGGCUUGCCAAAUUAUGUGACCAUGGAGCUGAUCUUCAAACCUCUCAUGUGGCAGGUACUCUCGGCUAUAUUGCACCUGAGCUGGCCCGUACUGGAAAAGCAAAUACAAGAACUGAUUUGUUUGCAUUUGGGACAUUUAUGCUAGAGGUUGUCUGCGGUAGAAGGCCAGUGGAACACCGGGCGUCUCCCGAGAAGAUAAUUUUGAUAGACUGGGUGUUGGAGUGCUUGGAAAGCGGAAACAUUCUUGAGGCCAUUGAUCAAAGUCUGGGAGCUGAGUAUGUGAUUGAGGAAGCUGAGUUGGUGCUGAAGCUAGGGUUGCUUUGCUCUCAUGCCGUGGCUGCAGCAAGGUCAAGCAUAUCUGAUGUGGUGAAGUACUUGGAAGGUGAAGCUCAACUACCUGAUAACUUCAGUGAAAUUAUUAAGUCUCAGGAUUUCGGAGAAGCCUCAAAUGGAGAGGACGUGCCACUUAUUUCUGUUCCAUCAGUAACGAUCACAGAGCCAUUCAUCUCUAGAGGCCGUUGAAUUACUUGAUCUCUUUUAGCAGCAGCUGCUCUGUAAGUACUAAACUAUUUCUUAGAUUUUGAUUUCUUCAUGUAAAACAACCAAGUAUAUUACCUCUGCCUUUCGCAAUUUUCUGGGCUUUGUCUAAUGUUGUUUGGGCAAAAGUUAACUUUUGUUCUGUGCAAUCCAAUUAAGUAUCUUCCAUAGUUUCUUUAUUAAAACACUGACAAUAUAUGUGGGAGGGAAAUGCAUUGUUUCAACAUAUUUAAACUUUGGUAACAUUAGUGAAAAUUAAGUGCAAAAAUUUCCU